AUGUGGACGCUUGCAGCCUUUCUGCUUCUGAUUCCAAGCUGUGGGCAAGCUGCUACUCUGGAGAAGCCUGUACUGUCUCUGCACCCACCCUGGACCACCAUCUUCAAGGGGGAACGAGUGACCCUGCGGUGUGACGGGUACCACCCUCUGCUGCUGGAGCUCCGGCCCAUCAACACUCUCUGGUAUUUGGGCCACGUCCUCCUGCCUUCCCACAAGAAGAGCAUUGAGGUGCAGGCACCAGGGGUGUAUCGAUGUCAGACAAGGGGAGCACCCGUCAGUGACCCCAUCCACCUCUCUGUAUCUAACGACUGGCUAAUUCUGCAAGUGCCCUAUGCCCCGGUGUUCGAGGGCGAGCCCCUGGUGAUGCGCUGCCGCGGCUGGUACGACAAAGUCGUCUACAAGCUCCACUACUACCACGACGGCCAGGCUGUGAGGUACUUCCACUCCAGCACCAACUACACGGUGCUGCAGGCGCGAGCCAGCGACAGCGGCCACUACCAGUGCUCAGGCACCAUGCGCAUCCCGGUGGAGAGCGCGCCCAUGUUCUCCUCCAAGGUGGCUGUGACCGUGCAAGAGCUGUUCCAGACGCCGGUGCUGCGGACGCUGAGCCCGCAGGAGGCGCGCGGCCGCGUGGUGCUGCGCUGCGAGACGCGCCUGCACCCGCAGAAGCGGGACACGCCGCUGCAGUUCGCCUUCUACAAGUACAGCCGGCCGGUGCGCCGCUUCGACUGGGGCUCCGACUACACCGUCCCCGAGCCCGAGGCCGCGGAACUCGAAUCGUAUUGGUGCGAGGCGGCCACCGCCGCCCGCAGCGUCCGGAAACGCAGCCCGUGGCUGCAGCUCCCCGGGCGGGGCUCUGUCCCGGAUCUGGCCCCCACCCCCGCGCCAGCCCCCCAGGCUGCAGCCUUGGCGCCCGGGGACCAGCCGCUUUCCUUCCGGAAGACCCCGGUGUCCAGAUCCGUGCCGUCCAUCACUUCCGUCCCGAACAGCACCCUCUCGGGGCUGCAGUUCCCCGCGGGCCACGUCGCCACUGUCGGGCCACAGGCCUGCGCGCCUCUGCCCACAUCCGCGGAACAGUCGCGCGAGGCGGCUCUGCAGCCCAAGGUGGACCUCCUGCUUCGCGAGAUGCAGCAGCUCAGGGGCCUUCUGAGCCGCGUGGUCCUGGGGUUCAAGGACCCACAGACCUUCCGCAAGUUUACAGAGACCCCCGAGACACCCAGUUCUCACGUUACUCUGAGCCCCGGAACCCCAGAGACCACUGUGGUGGAGGGCCGAGCGGACAGCUAGCGUCUUCUCUCCAGGCUGGGUUCCUCCCGGACCUCUCCUGCUCUAACUCUAGCAAAUCAGAGACCCAUCUGUCAGUAU